CACAGUGACAGAGUUCACUCAAUAGCCAGGUCAGCACUUUUGUAACAAAUUAAAUGUGGAAGAGUCGAUCGAGUGAUUUCGAGUGGCGAGUGCAGUGGUGGAUGAUUUGCCCUGAUUUGCCAGAGGAUCUGGGACCACCAGGAGUUGAUCAAAUAGUUGAGUCAUAAUGGACGUAGUGCCGGCCCUCUCACUGGACGCCAUCCCCUAUCCCCUGAACGAGCAGUCGCUGAUGGACAAGGUGGAGAGCUUGACGGCAGCCAUUGCUGAGGCUAACGAGGAGAGGGCACAGGCAGCUGAGUAUGGGUUGGUGCUGUUGUCAGAGAAACAGGCCCUGAGGAGUCAAUACGAUGAGCUGAGUGGACUGUACGAAAGCACGAAGAGGGAGCUGGAGAACUCAGUCGAUGCUAUCAAGCAAGUCCAAGCCGACUAUGAGAAGAGGCUGAAGGAGGUGGAGUCACAGAGAGAGCAGCUGCUCGACGAAAUGGAGACCAGAGAGACCUCUCUUAUAGCAAAGGUUGACAAGCUGGGGGAGGAUAUACGGCAACUAGAGAGGAAGCUGAAGCAGUCUACCUCAGAACAGGAGCACCUUAAUGGCCAUAACACAUUCCUUAAUGCUGAACUGGACAGGCAUAGGAGAGAGUGUGAUGUUCUACGAGAGGAUAACAGAAGAUGGAAGCAAGAACAAUUUACAGCUAACAGAGAGACAGAUGACAUGAAAAAAUACAUUGAAAAGUUGGAAAAGAGAAUUCAAAAACUGCUCAAAUUUGAAGAUGAAUGUUCUGUGUUACAAGAAAUGAACCAGACGCUGGCUCAAGAGUCUGAGUCUUUGUCUCAUCAGUAUGAACUCAUUCUAACAGAAAAAGAAGAGCUAGAGAACCAGGCGAAACAGGUAGUGGAGGCACUCAACGAGGAAAGAGAAGCCAAGUCAAUUCUCGAGACCAAACUCCAAGAAGAAGAGAUACGUUCUCCGCCCCACCCCAGCUGGGCCAUUGAGCGAGAGAGUGCCAGUCCCCCUCUGUUAUCCAGUAGCAAGAGGAACUCAAUUAAGACGACUCCUGAUCACACGAGACUCACGUCUCUCUCACCCACCCAGCGUGAUGGUAGCUUAGAGCCCAACAUGCAGUCGACACCGUACUCUCCUAAGAGAAUGCCUAAUUUAUUGAGUGAGCUACAAAAUUCAUUUAUGGGAAAUGUGGACUCUGCCGAGCUGGAAACAUUGCAGCAAAGGUGCCAGGAAGCUGAAAAUACUAUUACCUCUCUUCAGAAAGAGAAACUAGUAUUGGAAGAGAAGGUUUCAUCUUUUUCACUAGAGAAAACUGAAACAUUUACACGAAUUGACAGUGUUAAGGAAGAGUAUGCCAAAGCCAUUUCCGAGAGGGACACAUUGAUAUCUUCUCUUAAAGAGGAUGUGCUCACGAAGGAGGAAGCCAUUGGGCGAUUAAGAAAUCGACUCAACUCUGCAUCAGCUGAGAAAUCUUCAAAAGAAAUUGAAGUUGAAGGUUUGAAGGACGAACUACAGCACAUCAAGGAAUCAUCUGUAUGUGAAAUGGAGAAAGCACAGAAAGAAUACGUUGAAGAGCAGGUGAAAAAUGCAGAACUGAGAGGUGAAGUGUCUGUGCUUGAAGAGCAGCUUGUAUUUUUCUCUAACACAAUUGAAAAACUCGAGAACAUUAUUUUCAGCUCACAAACGGAACUGACUUUGAUGGCAGACGAUCUUCACAAUCUCCACAAGACAGUGGUCACUCUCGGCUCUGAGAACAAACGUGGAGGGCCAUCCCCAUCCCCCAAUAAUCUAGUCGGAAAUGACAUAGCUCCUAAUCUAUCCAAUGAAGAUGACAGUCUGAAUCCAUUCUACUCAAUAAAGCUUGUGAAAAGAAAAACAUCUGUUCCUGUCCAUCACGAAAGCCAAUCUUUGUUCGCUAUUGUCCAGCUUCAUCAACAACUCCGUUCAAUGAGGCUGCCACUAGAGCAUUUUACAAAAACAAUGCUCGAAAAAUCUCUGGCUCAUUCGGCAAUCAAACGUGUACCUUCAAACCCCACCUCUCCCACACUAGGUGCAGCUGGUGACAAGAAGACUAACCUUGAUUUAGAAGCGAGUGUCAACAAAUGGAAGGCGAAGCUUGCUCACAAGAUUGAAGAAAUCAGCAAUCUCCGUGCCAUCAUGAAGGCUCGAUCCACAACCACUGACGUUGCCAUCAGCAGUCUGAGAAGCAAGCUAGAGGGACAGGCUAGAGCCUACCAAACAGAGCUCACCAGACUAAAGCACCAGCUAAAGAUGUUGAGGAAAGAGAAAGAUGAGCAGCUCAAUUUGAGGACCAUGUAUGCCAAACGUUGCCAAGAGCAUGCAAAUGAGAUCACAAAAUUGAAGAGAGACAUUGAGAGCAUGACUAUUCAGUAUGAAGAUGUGAUGAUAUCGCUCAAGAAGACCAUUCAGCGCAAACUGGAGCUAGCUACUGAGCUGGAUGAGUACAGGAUGGAGCAAGAGAGACUCCACCUUAUUCCCAAACUGUUAGGCUCUUCUAGAAUAUAGGAUCAUACUUUUCAAAUUUUAAUUUUGGAAAUUUUACCCUUUCUAAUAUUUGUCAGUGGGUGGACUAUAAUAUAUUUUUGUAAUCAAGUCACAAUUUUCGAUUUCGUUUUGGCCUAUCUGAAGUAAUUACUAUUCAAAGAACAA